GCGGCUGAAGUUUCUUGUGUCUUUUUGCUGUGAGAGUGUGAUGAAGUGAAGGAACAGAGGAGAGCUGCAGCUGGAGAGAGAGCGGAAGGAAGAGCUGAUUACAGAGAGAUCUGGACCGAGACACAGUCCGGAGAUUUCCCUCGCUCGCGAGCGCGCGCGUGUGCGUGCGUGUGUAUGUGUGUGUAUGUGUGUGUAUGUGUGUGCUCUGUACACACUCCUGCGGUCUGAUCCUCACUAGAACACACAGAUUUGACCCACAGCGCGGUGUCCAGUCUCGGGCUCCGAAUCGCGGCUCAGAACAGUCUCUCAACUUUUACAGUAAAAGAGAGAAAAGUCGACAGACAGUUGGAGGUUCAGGUGUGAGAUGGCGAGUGAGGACGUGGAGGCGAGUGAAGCAUUUCCUGUAGAGAGAGACAGUGUGGGUGUGGAGGAGGAGGAGGAGAGCCAGGACCCGGGAUGCUGUGAGAGGUUCCACAGGUUAGUGUCCAGGUGGAUGCUGCCCGAGGACCUGCGGGAGACCUAUCUGGAGAGAGCGAACUGCUGCCCGCCGCCCAUCUUCAUCAUCCUCAUCAGCAUCGGAGAGCUGGCGGUGUUUAUUUAUUAUGCGGUGUGGAAGCCUCAGAAGCAGUGGAUAACUCUGGAUGAAGGAAUCUGGAGAAGUCCAUUAACGUAUAAACCUGAUGAGCGUGAGGAGGCGUGGCGUUUCCUCUCCUACAUGUUCGUCCAUGCCGGUGUUCAACACAUCCUCGGGAACCUGAUUCUCCAGCUGCUCCUCGGGAUCCCGUUAGAACUGGUCCAUAAAGGGUUUGAGGUGGGGAUGGUGUACCUCGGUGGCGUUCUCGCAGGAUCAUUAGCGAGCUCUAUCUUUGACCCGUACAGCGCCCUGGUCGGAGCUUCAGGAGGAGUUUAUGCCCUGAUUGGAGGUUACUUCAUGAACGCUGUGGUGAACUUUAGAGAGAUGAUUCCUCUGCUCGGAAUUUUCCGCAUCACCGUCAUCAUCCUCAUCGUGGGCACAGACGUGGGCUUCGCUCUUUACAGACGUUUCCUGAGUGACGCAGCAGGACUGAGGGUGUCGUUUGUGGCUCAUAUCGGUGGAGGAAUUGCAGGAAUGACCAUCGGCUACGUGUUCUUCAGUAACUACAACCAGAAACUCCUGCGAGAUCCUCGCUUCUGGUUCUGCAUCGUGGGCUACAUCGUCUUCCUGCUCUUUGCCGUCUUCUUCAACAUCUUCCUGUCUCCGGCUCCUCGCUGAUGGAGCACUGGAGCCGAGACGGAAACCUCGCGGUGUCUGACCCUCAGUCAGGAACCGAGUGUUCACGCAGAUCCUUAGGUCAAACGCUGAGAAAUUAAAGACUGGAAGAACAAAACCUUCACAUUAAUGUCAUUUGAGAUUUCAGGCUUGUUACAGGACAUGAGGACCGCGUGGAACUUUAGCCAGUUUUUUAAUAUUUAAUAUUUCAUUUUACAGGAAAACCUGACGUUAUUUACGGUGCUUUAGAUUUUAUAUAGAAUUUUUUCAGGGGUUUUAAAGGUUUUUACAAAGGUUUUUUAAUUUAAUUUUUCAUAAAGUCAACCAUUACAUACAUUUGUCUAGUCCGUGUGUGUGGAGUGUGUAUGCUGUACAUGUCCCUGUUGCUAUGGAAACAAUAAGGUAUCAGAGUGAGUACAUUAAUAUAAAGCUGCACUACUGUCAGAGCUGCUGUUAGAGAGAAUUAAUCAACACCUGAUCCACCAAUCAGAGAGCAGGAUAUAAUAAUAAUAAUAAUAAUAAUAAUAAUAAUAAUAAUUAUUAUUAUUAUGUAUUAUUAUAUUAUUACUAGUGCACUAAAGUGUGCAUUAUUAUUAUUAUUAUUAUUAUUAUUAUUACAUAUAAUAAUAAUAAUAAUAAUAAUAAUAAUAAUACACAUUUUAGUGCACUAGUGUGUGGUUUGGGACACAGCCAGACAGAAGCACUUGGAGGUCUUGGUGUAUGACUGAAUGUGAUGAGGUUAAGGCUCUUGGUUGUUGAUCAGAAGAUCAGGGUUCAAUCCCCAGCACCACCAAGCUGCCCCUGCUUGGCCCCUGAGUGAGGCCCUUAACCCUCUGUACUCCAGGGGGUGCUGUACUAUGACUGACCCUGCACUCUGACCCCAUCUUCCAAAAAGCUGGGAUAUAAUAAAAGAAUUCACCGUGCGGUAACCUGAUGUACGGCAAUAACAAAACCUUCACAUGUUCACAGUUUUACUGACUGAAGUCCAUCAGCUGAGACCUACAUGCUAAUGUAGCUAACCACAUAGCCUCCAGUUUAGCAUUGUGUGUGUGUGUGUGUGUGUGUGUGGUGUUCAUCAGGAAAAUAGACUUGAUUUCACUCUAACUCAGGUGUUUGUGUUUGUGUGUGUGUGUGUGUUUUGGAUUCCACUGAUCUUUUAUCAGAUAUUAAUCCUGAACAUUAUGAAAUUAUCUGGAAUCAGGUCACAUUUGUGGUUAUUGUUUGUUUAUUGAUUGUGUUUAUUAUUGUUUGUUUUUUGUGCUUUUACCUUCAGGGAAAUAUUUACAGGGUUUUUGUGUGGAAUUGUUAGAAACCUGUUAUUUGUGAAGUUCACGUGUAUUUUUCAUUAAAAGACAUUUUCUAACUUUAAAA